AUGGAGAAAACAGAGAGCCGUUUGGUGGAUUUGCUGUUGAUGGGAGAGUUGGAGGCAGCAAAUCGAGGGCUAGAAGAAGGGGUUUACUCCUGGGAGGAGCUGGAUCGGCCUCACAAUGUUGAGGGCAACACUCCUCUCAUCAGUGCUUGUCAGAUGGGUCUCAGCAUGGUCAUGCAUUUCCUUCUGGAUAGAGGAGCAGACCCAACACUGUGCAACCACAGCAAUCAGACGGCACUGCACCUCAGUCAGCCAAGCCUACAGGGCGAGAUGUUGGCAGCCAUAACGAAACCUUUCCCCCACUGCACUCAGCUUUUAAAAGCUGCUUGGACAGGGGACAUUCAUGCCCUCCAGCACCUGCUGUCAAAGACAGACUCGUUGGAUGUGAACAUCCAGAACCAGAAUGGGCUUACCCCACUGAUGCUGGCAGUGAGAGAUGUCGAUCUGUUCGAGGGGCUUCAAGGCACCAAGGGAUGGGACUACAACUCCAUUGGUGUAGUGAAGGAACUGCUAGCUCUGUCUGCAAAUGUGGACCUUCAAGAUCAAAAGGGCUAUGAUGUUCUUCACUAUAUCUCUCAAAUCAGGAGUUUUAUUAAAGAAGAGCUACUUAGGAUUGUUUUGGUAUCACGCUCGCAAUCUGAUAAGAUCAUCGUCUUCCGCUUCCAGAGUGCCACGGAGCCCAGGAUGAGCGCUAGACAAGAUCUGUACAAGGCAACUGGAUGGACGAAAUCAUUACCAAGCCUGAGGGAAAAGGAUAAAUCCUGGACAAUGCCUGGCACUAUGCAUCCCACUUUUGAUGUUCCAAUACAAACAUCUUUAGCAGCUCAAUCUCCAAGACUCACUAAGAAGAACAAAACUGUUAUGGAGACUCCUUCAAAACCACGACUUUCUCAGCUAAGCCAGUCAGCUCCAAGUCUUGCUCUUCUGGAUGCAAGUUUCCUACUACAAGUACGAGCCAAUAUUAGCAGCAGGCUGAGUGGUGAAAAAAACUGUAAUUUUAACAGGCAGGAUGGGCUUCCAGUUUUGUGCCGACGCGCUCCAAAACACUUGGCUCCACUUGACAAAGGAUACUCCAAUGGACUCAUGCUUUCAAGCCUUGAGCAACCUGUUCCACCUGACCCCACCAGCAUCUUGCCUUUGGGAUCCAGACAAAGAAAAAAGAGUUACUCCAGACAGACCACAAGAGGGUCGAGAGCCAUGAGAAAGGGUAGCGAGGAGAGCAAUUCAAGCAGCGGCAGCAGUCAAAGCUCUUUGGAGGAAGAAGAGGAUGAGGAAGACAUCAGCCCAGGAAGGACAGGAGAAGUGAUUAGUACCUUAAGGAGAGAACCCGUUAUGCCACGGUCCCAGUCAUCUUUCCAGGCUUCCAAAACGAGUAUCAAAUCGAAUAAAGAUAAGCCAAUCACAUGUACAUUUAAAAAGAGUCAAGUUGAGGCAGACUUGACGCAUGACACUACAGGAUUUUCAGAAGAACUGAACCAUUUUGAGAGGACUUUUAGCCCACAAGAACAGUAUGAUGACCAUGUGCACAUAAACGUUAAUGAACAUCGUAAUGUCGAAGCAAAGGACAGACACGCAGCCAAAGAAGGCAAGUCCAACUUUGUUGAUAUCAAGAAUAAAGAAAUCUCUCCCCCUCUGAACAUCAUGCUACACCCUAAUCCAGUAAAGACAAGUAGAGCCAGUAAGAUGACCAAAAGAAAGGAAAGAAAAUGCAGAUCUGCUCAAACCAAUCAGUCCUCAAACCUCUCGGCCAACGUCAAUACGAGUCGUGAAAUUAAGCCCAUAAGGAAUCCAUUACCACAGGUCAUAGUUAGAAAGAUGUACCUCAUAGAUGACAUUGGUGGGGAAAACAACAAACUGGACUUGCCAAACAUGGCACCCACAAUACAAGACCAAAAUCUUAAAGACACUAUAAUAAACCAAGAGACCCUACAUUACAUAAAGUCAAGUGGUGCCAAAAAGACAUUAAGGAAUUCCAAAAAUCAAAAGCAGCAACUCAACAGGGAGGUUAAACAAAGAGAAUCUAAAAAAACAGGAAUUCUAGGAACACAACGUGCAAAAUCAUCUCUGGACCAUGUGAGCUACAGGGACAUGUUUCUUGAAAUUCCUCAAGAAGCUGAAGGACCGGCUAUUUGUGAGAUGUUUGCCACGCCACUAUAUGAAAAGCUUAGAGUUAGCAGUUCUGCAGAAAGAAACAAGCAAAUACGGUCAGCACCGCCUGUUAACAGAAAACUCAACAGACAACAAAGAGUUCAAAAAUCUUUGGAAGGUUACAGAAAAAAGCGUCCACAAAAAUGUACCAAUGCUAAAGGCAAACUACUCAAGAAUGGACCACAAAACCAGCGCCAAAUGGUAAUAUCUGCUAUUGAAGUGAAAAGGCCGAUAAGCAGCUGUAAAAUUCUCAGCAUUAACGACAAGGUGACACCUUUUCCAGGCUUACAAGUAAAAACUCAAAGUGGCCAAAUGUUGUCUCUGAUUGAAGAAGUUCUUUCAGAGACAGGGACAAACACACCCAUCCAUAAUCAGCCAGCAGAUUUAUCCAUAUCUUUUCACUCACUCAGAGCACCCUGUUUAGAUACGAACAUUUCACAGAAACAGAAAACAGGAGAUUUGAAGGAUAACGGAGAUGCCUCAAGUGGAAACGAAGACUCUGUCGUGGGCGAGUUCCCAGGGCAGCCCUUGAUCAACACAUGGACAAGUAACAGGACACAGUCUCCUGUGUACCAGAAGUUUUUGGAUGACGUGGGUGAUGGGCCUGUUACAGAUGAUUUGCUGAGAUGUUUAGCAGAAGAGCUAAUUUCACUAGAGGAUAAAGAGGUGGAGAGUCUGAAGACUGAGACGCCAGAGAUGAAGUUCGCAAAUGCUAAUCCAAGUGAGGUAAAACAUGUGAAGAUGUCUUCCAUUGUCUUAAAUAUACUUUCCAAUGAGAGAUCCAGUGUAAAUGACACCAUCAUAUGGACAAAAGGAGAGAUUUUAGGCAGAGGAGCCUAUGGAACUGUGUAUUGUGGACUCACUAAUCAAGGCCAGCUGAUUGCAGUCAAGCAGGUGACUCUGGACGUCUCAAAUUCAGAAACCACAGAAAAAGAGUACAACAUGUUGGAGCAAGAGGUCGAUCUACUGAAGAACCUCGAGCAUCCAAACAUAGUGGGGUUCCUGGGUACAGCUCUGUCUGGAAACAUAAUCAGCAUCUUAAUGGAAUACAUCCCCGGAGGCUCCAUCUCCAACGUCCUCAGUCGCUUCGGGCCCUUACCAGAGAAGGUGUUUGCACUCUACACCACACAGAUCGUGGAAGGCGUAUAUUAUCUCCAUGCCAACCGAGUCAUUCACAGGGACUUAAAAGGAAACAACAUUAUGCUUAUGCCCAGCGGCAUCAUAAAGCUGAUCGACUUCGGCUGUGCCCGGCGCCUCAACUUCCAGACCCACUCCGGAAGCCGUAGCGAUCUUCUAAAGUCUGUGCAUGGUACACCCUACUGGAUGGCUCCAGAGGUGAUCAACGAGACCGGUCAUGGGAAGAAAUCGGACAUCUGGAGCAUUGGGUGCACCAUCUUCGAAAUGGCCACAGGAAAACCACCACUAGCGAACAUGGGCAAGAUGGCAGCGCUUUUCUAUAUUGGAGCCCAGAAGGGUUCGAUGCCCUCACUGCCUGAUGAAUUUACAGAAGAAGCUAAAGGCUUUGUGAAAGCAUGCUUGAUCAAUGAACAGGAACAGAGACCAUCAGCAGCAGAUUUAUUAAGGCAUCCAUUUAUCAACAAGCAACAGAAAAACAGCAAGCCCAGUACAAAACCUAAUCAUUUAGCUAAUUAGAGCACCUGUUUAUAAAUGUAACUGUUAAUUAAACAGAAUUAACAACCCAGACAAGAUGUUUAAG